UACAGAGUUGACUCGAUGGCGUUAGAUAUAUGACCAGCGCAUCAUCACUCUAUUAAUCUGGAUCAGAGUGUGGUCUUUUUGGUGAUAGCGUUACUUGAAAGUUGAUCUAUUACUACAACAGCGUAAUACCCUUUUCUCCUUAUGGGUUGGCUGAAAAGAAUUCUCCAGGGAUCUACUUCUAACUCCAGACAGAGUUCUAACAGAAGCUGUGAGGUUGAUGAUCAUCGUUCUCGUUCUGAUGAGACUGAUGACACAGAGGAUGAAUCAAUAGAGGGCGAGGUAACAGACUAUCGAAUUGCCCACAUUCGUUCCUUUGUAGAAGAUGAUCAAGUGGACGAUCUCUAUGGAGCAGCAUUGACCGAGGACAGGGUACAAGAUGAAGAUGAACGACCUACCUGGUCUUUCCAACAAAGUUGGGCUUUAGAAUCUCCCCAGUGUGACCCUGCAAACAUAUUCCAACCUUUUCUGCGCUCAUUUUAUCCCAAUAACGGAUCCAGAAAGCAAUACCACGGAAGCUACAGAGACGAUGAUCACCAUUAUUCUGAUGAAGGGAACGACUCUGCGGAUGAGUUGACAGACUGUGGCGAAGAAACAUACCACAGAGUUCCCCAUUCCUCCUUAGCCUCAGGAGAAGGUCAAGGAGAAUAUCUCUAUGGAGCAGGAUGGGCGACCUAUGGCCCUGUGCAUUUUGAAGGAUCACCAAUGCAGCACGGAGAUGAACAACUUUCAGAGGCUGUCAACCAAAGUUCGGUCAUCAAAUCAUCCUCUGUGUUUGAUACCGUGAAUAUCUUCCAAUCUUUGCCAUUCUCAUUUUAUACAGACAACAGGCACACCAUUCAGCAACCAGAAUGCAUUCAUCCUUAUGCUUUCGAUGAUCCGGUUAUUGCUAAUCAUGAGGGCGAGUAUCAUUCCAAUCUGAAUAUUCACUACAAGGAGCAUCAUCAUCAUCCUACAUGCUACGUUUGUGGGGAACCUAUUGAAGUAGAUGCAUCUGGUCAUCUUCAAUAUCGGAAACAUCCAUUCUGGCCAGCAAAGCAUUGUCGACGGCAAACAGAGAUGGAACUCCUUGUUGCUUUUGCUGCGGAAGAUUGAAGCCCAGAGGAACAACUUAUUCAACCUUUAAUGAUGGUCGACAAUUAUGCCCAGAAUGUCUUGACUCUGCAAUAAUGGACUCUGACAAUUGUAAACCUCUCGAGCGCAAGAUCCGAAAAUUUUAUGAACGUUUGGACAUGAAAGUGCACCAGCCAACAAUCCCACUCUACGUGGUGGACAGGCAAGGUAUAAAAGAACGUAGGGUCAAAAAGAAGGGACACCAUCGAGUAUGUGACGACCUUGGAUCCAUCCUUGUGCUUUUAGAGUUGCUCGGAGAAACAAGAUUCUAUACAAAACCUAUUAUAUAUACUAUGGUGGAAGGAGAGCAACAUAAGCUAGUUAGUUACUCUAAUGUGAAAGAGAUAAUGCUUUUAGAUGGUUGUGCAAGGUUGUACACAGGGGAGACCCUUGCUCAUGAGAUGAUGCAUGCAUGGCUCGCACUUGAAGGUUAUCACAAUUUAACUUUGGAGGAAGAAGAAGGACUCUGUCAAGUUAUGGCUCACAAGUGGUUGGAUUCUCAAAUAUCGGCCAUGUCUAAGAGCAAAAUUGCUCCAUCUCCACAGUUAGACUUCGAGAGAAGACUUGCCAAGUAUCUCCGACGUGAAAUUGAAGCGAGGACUGAUAAUCCUUACGGGACUGGAUUUCGACUAGUAAAACGGGCGACGGACAUGUACGGCCUUAAGGGCACACUCGACUACAUACGUAUGACUGGAAGCUUUCCUAGAUAAUUGCCGUAUAUAUAAUUCUUAAGAAUUUCACCUAAGCCAGUGCAUAAUGAAAAGUUGUGGUUGACACUGGACAUUUAUAGCUUCCCCACCGCACGAACAAGUUCCUAUAAUUAGUGUGAUGCGAACUUAAUGUCGCUGUGUAUUAGAAUAAGAAACUUUUCCUGUAAAUUGUCUUUCCAGUCUAUGAACUUGAAUGCAGUAUGUGU